UUUUGGUUGUGGAGUAUUACAUUCGGGUUGAGAAGUUGCACAGUUUGCUCCAACAGAUAAUUAUUUACUUUCUUUAGCAUGAGAAAUACAGCGAAGUCUUUGUUUCAAAAGGGGUUGGUUUCUUGUUGUUCGUCGUUGAUUUUCUUCAAUGCCGUCGAACCAGAGCGAGGCCAAGUGCGUCAUAAAUUUGAACACGUUGCCUGACGAUGUCUUGUUGGCCAUUUUACGUUUCUGUGAUACAAAAAGCCUGUCGGUUUUGUCUCGUGUGAGCAGGAAUCUGUGUCGUGUGGCGAAGGAUGAUUCCAUCUGGAGAAGAAUUGCUUUGCAGUGUGUUAAUGUUCAUUCCUCCGACAAAACGGGCCUUCUAAGCUGGAAAGAGCUUUGUAGAGUCUCAUGGAACUGGACACAUGGAUAUUGUAAAGACAGAUUUAUAAUCAGGUUUAAAUGCAACCUUAUGCCGUGGAUUCAACUUGGAAGACAUCGUGAACUCUUUGUUGCCCGAGCUGCUGAUGUUAUCUUGUAUCAGAUAAGGAAACACAGUAAGGGAGGACAUUUUUCAUGGAAACCUUUGAUGACCUUUGGUGGUCACCAGGGUGAUAUCAGUAAGUUUGUGAUAACUGGAGGGCAGUUGUUAACCUGUGGUAUGGACAAGUCAGUCCGCACAUGGAAUCUGGAAACAGGAAUAUGUAAUGGCCUAUACCUUGGGCAUACUGGACAAGUUCACAGUGUAGACUGUUUCAGAGAAGUAAUUGUUUCAGGAUCCAGAGACAAAACCAUCAAGGUAUGGUGCCAGCAAACCCAAUCUUGUGUUCACACCAUUGACAUUCAGGAUAAUGUUUGGACAGUGUCCCUUAAUCCAAGCACCAGGUGUGUAGCGAGUGGAAGCAGUGGUCAUACUAGAGACAGUGCACCUUUUCAGUUGUGGGAUAUCAACAGUGGAAGGCACAUUAUGAACCUGGUGACAGGAUCGACACAAGCAGGAGCUGGGGUGCGUGGAAUCAAGUGGGAAACUCCCUUUACACUACUGUCCUGCGGAUAUGAUACAACUGUUAGACUGUGGGAUACCAGACUUCAUAACCACAGUGCUUCAUCAUGUGUACUGAAGUGGGAAGACCCUCAUGAUUCAGUGGUUUACUGUAUUGAUUCUGAUAAAAAGUGGAUGGUGAUCAGUGGAACCAACCGAUAUGGAGUGGUCAGGAUUUGGGACAAAAGGUUUAAAAAGUGCCUUCAGAUGUAUUAUGCUGGCAGAAACUCAUCCAGUCCAGUGUACUCACUGUCAUUUAAUAGAACAUCACUCUAUGUUGCUUUAGCCAGUGGUAUUCGAAUGUUGGAUUUCACUGUAUGAGUGAGUGGAUUUUAGGUGUGAUAUUACAUGGGGCUAAAUGUACCAGUACAUGCUGAAUUCUUCAUGCAGUUUGAGUGGCUUGUACCUAAAAGAUGUUAAGAUAUGUUUGUUAAUGAUGACUGUUGUUUGUCUCCUCUAUAUUGCCUGUAUCUGUUGAGUAAUAGAUCACAGUGAUACUGAUGUGCAACACUCAUGUGCCAGAUUUUCUUGUUAUCCUUUGAUGUACUCUGUCAUCUAUUUUGGUACAGAACCAUGGCAACAAAAAAUAUAAUUUUUCGUGUAUGUAUAGAAACACAGAAUGUGUUAUUGUGUGGUCAGAUUGACAGCCAGUGUGAUCACCCUUCACUACAUGUACAUAUGAGUAAAUAUUUUGCUACCCUGUACACUACAUUGUAGAGGGCCAUCACUUAUUUCUUGACUUGCUAUAAGGUAAUUGAGUUAGAGAUUUUUUGUGAGUUAGAGUCACAAAACAGUCAAGAAAACAGCAUGAUGGUAGAGUGUUAAACUGUAAAACCUUCGCAAACAAAGCUGUCAAUAAAAAAAAUCAUCAUUAAGCCA